CGGAGGAUAACGUUCAUCUCCAAAUCCUCCCCCGCCCCCGUCCGGCACCUCCCUCCCUCUUCUUCCUCCGGCCCAUGCGACGGCACUGACACCUUGGCCCCGCCUGACCUUUCGAUGGCCGCCGCCACCGCCGCCGCUACCGGCACACUACUCCCCCACGCUCUAUUCAAUCACCGCUCGCCUCCGCCGCCGCAGCUCCUCGCGGUCUCCUCCUCCUUCCGCCGCCUCUCCAUAUCCGCCACCCAUCGCCGGACCAACCAUUUAGUCGCCCACGCAGACGCCGGUGCCGCAGAACCAGAGCCUACGGCCGAUCCUACUCCUGAGGCUGAGGAUGUCGCUGCCGCAGCUGACACCGAAGAGGGGGAGGCGGAGGGUGCGGUCGCAGUGGCGGAGGAAGUGGACGAGCCGCCGCCGAGGAAAAAGUCGAUUAAGUUCGGCGAGAUCAUCGGGAUUCUGAACAAGCAGUUCAUUGAGGAGGCUGAGAAGGUGAAAACACUUCCAGAUCUGAGGCCUGGUGACAUCAUUGAGCUUAGAAUGCAACGGCCCAACAAGAGGAGAUUGUCACUCUUUAAGGGUAUAAUCAUUGCAAAGCACAAAUCUGGUGUUCACACGACAAUCCGUGUCAGAAGGAUUAUUGCUGGUGUUGGAGUUGAAAUUACAUUCCCUAUAUACUCACCAAGAAUCAAGGAGAUUAAAGUAAUCAGACACAAGAAAGUGAGGAGGGCAAAGCUGUACUACCUGAAGAACAAGCUUCCCCGCUUCUCAACCUUCAAGUAAAAUUAGAUUGCUGGCAGAAGAGGUUCUCACACUAGCAUUUCGAUUUUCCAUGGCAAACGAGUUUUCGCAUUCUUAUUCAAAUAUGUGCAUGCACUGUAAUCACUGAACCCGAGUCACUUAAUUUUACAUCUUUUUUGUUUUUUUUGUUUGGCGUAUAUUUUGUCUUGCCUUCGAAGUGUACUUCUCAGUGUAUAAAUUCGUACUAGUUCUUCGUUAUGAUAAUUUAACUGCACCC